UCUGUGAUUGAUAUCCUCUCACAGAGGGGCUUUGUGCACACAGUGUUGUUGCUGUAGGUCAGGUGUGUUAGGGGAUGGGGGCGCAAGCUUUCUCACAGAUUCAGCACAUGCAGCCACAUCCAAGUGCAGGUGUUCACAGUGAGUAUGGGGUUUGCAGGCAGCUGUAAGUUUUUAUAGGCAGCAAAAGGCAAAUAGAGACAUCCUGGGGCUGAUGUGAGGCUGUUUACCACAGAAUUGGGAUAAUAGGGCAAGGGGGAAGAAGCAAGGACAAGUGUGCCGAAGCUCAAGAUGUUGUUUUCAGGGGUCGAGCUGCUUGUAGGAUGCAUAUGUCAUAUACCUUCUGCCAUUCAGCGUUGCUUGAUUAACUUUUAUUCCACUAAUUAUUAGUAUCUCUGAAGUAAACAGUGUGCAUCUUUUAUGGAUUGGAUGGUGUGUCCUGUGUAUAUGAAUGGAGUGGGGCAUCUUUAUGAGAUGGGAUGGCUGCUACAGAUGACAUGCAAAUAGUGGCUGUAGAGAAACAGUUAACAUCUGACCACACAAGAAGAAAGAACACUCCAAAAUCUCCAGGUUUGCAUGGCCGCAUGAGCUAGGAACUAGCAGUGGGGGAAAUGACAGCUAUUGUUACCAGACUCAGCUUCUUUGGAAGAAGAAAACUGAGCCAGUUUCAGGAAGACCAUGCCUCUGUGUGGCAGAGUAUUAUCAGCAAUACAAACCCAGCCAGCAUUGUCAGCAGGAAAGGGUAAUGGAUGAAAACCACCCCCAAACCCGGGGCCUCCCGUGCGCCACCACACUUCUCCUAUUCCCCGGCUCAAAUAGGGGAUGCUGCUGGGCUGGGGCCAGGUUCUGUCGGUAUGGCAGUGCAGGCAACCCUGCUGCUGGGGCUGCUGCUGGUGGUCCUGUGCCCUGGGGAUGCAGCCCUCCUGGAAGCCAACGGCAACCUGAACUGCCGCUGUGCCAAGACCACCACUGCCUUCAUUCCCUUGCGCAAGUAUGAGAGCGUUGAGGUGCGGCCAGUGGGGAGCAGCUGCCGGCGCCUGGAGGUGCUGAUUAAACUAAAAAGCCUCGAGAGGAUCUGUGUGGAUCCUAACACCCUCUGGGUGAGGAAGCUCCUGCAGGACCUCCCAAAGCUGAGGAAGAAAGCUGCUCCCCAGUAAGGCCUGGCACGAUGGCCUCAUGGCUGGAUACUCUGCUCCCCACCACUGCUUCUCCCGCAGCCCAGAGGGCAUUUUCCCCUGUUAUGCACCCGUGGAAAAGCAGAGGCUUUUCCCCAGCUCCACAGUGAUCCAUCCCGCAGCCCCCCACCGUCAGCAGCGAGUGAGAUGUCUCCUCUGAGCACAAGAAACUGAGGUCUAAUAAAGGCAGCAGCCCUCUCUUAUUUACCAUCACUGUUGUCCCUGCAGCAUGCCGUGGGGCCGGGUCUCCUGCUCAUCACUCACCUUUCCUGCCGCCACGUGAGCUGUGCUUGUAGGAUGGGGCUCUGCUGGUUUCUGCAUUGGGCAGGAGGUGCUUCAGGCCACGUGCUGGAGGGGAAGCGAUGGCAGGGAAGUAAAAUUGAUGGGCACAGGGCAGAUGCUUUUCCCCAGUGUUUCCCAGCCUAUGAAAUCCCCACUGGGUUGGCUAUAAAGCAGCCCAACAGUGGCUUGGAGGCAGUGAGGAUGCGGGCGCUGCAGGCGGCACUGGCCCUGGGCCUGCUGCUGAGCAGCCUGCUGCCAGGGGAUGCCUCACCCUGAAGAGGAACAAGAAGGUGUGUGUGGCCCCUGAGGCACCCUGGAUCCAGCUGCUCAUCCACAAGCUGACGCAGAGAGAUGUCACCAAAAAAGAAGUGGCGGCAGUC